AUCUUAUUGACCUAGCGAUAAAUCCUUAACAGGAAAACAAUUUGAUUUAAUCCAAGCAAGAAGUAGGCUUCUAACGAAAUUAUCAGGUAAGUCAGAAUGAUCGGAAAGAUAUCUACUGCAGUAUCCCCCAUUCAGUUCUGAGAACAUUUGCCGCUUUACCCUGAAGUUUUGGAAUUACGGUAACCCAUAUCACCACCUACAAUGACCCCAAUGUUAGUGAUACGUGCAAAAUCUCGGUCACAGUAAAACAGAGCGACUGCAAAUCAAUUUUCUUUUUGCCGUUUUUUUGUGAUUACGAGACUUUUAGGUUUGGCAUAUACAGGGUGUAAGCGAUCUGCAAAUGUUUCAAUCGCAAAGAGGGCUUUUAAAGAGCUCCUUCUUUUGAACUCGGGAGAAAAUGCUCAUGAUUCAAAUGACGUUAUAUUCAAAUGUUUAUAAUUACUUUUGUAUACAAAUUUCAUUUUUUAAUAAGUCAUGACCCACGAAAUCCAUGAUUGUUAAAGAUUUUGUAACAAUUGAGAUUUUUGAAACAUUUCCAGACCUAACUGCUUAGUGUUCUGUCACUCUCUGAGAUGCUAGCAACGCUGUCCUGCAUAAUCUCUCAGAGUCCUGCCUGAACAUGUUCCUGCCAUACAUCACGCACCAGUUCAUGCUCAUUAUAUCCAUUGACUGACACAUACCUAAUUGCCAUAGAAUUUUAAUAGUAAUGUCGAGUUUAGGGUAAACUGCAGUUUAUCGUAUCUCUAGUUAGUACUUGUUAUGUGAUUGGCCAACUUAACGGAUCGUAUAUCACCGUACGGUGGGCUAAAUUUCAAUUGCAUAGUUGAAAAUAUUGUAAUUUUUAUCAUUCACUAUCAAAGUAUUUAAUUUGCAUGGAUCGCAAUCGUGGAGUUGCUAGCAACGCUGUCCUGCAUAAUCUCUCAGAGUCCUGCCUGAAUAUGUUCCUGCCAUACAUCACGCACCAUGAUGUACGGUGGGCUAAAUUUCAAUUGUAUAGUUGAAAAUAUUAUAAUUUUAUCAUUCAUUAUCGAAGUAUUUAAUUUGCAUGGAUCGGUAAUAAUAAAAAAAGCAUUAACAUUCUGUUGUGUGGCUGAAGCACCAUGGCGAUUUUUUCAAUGCGAUUUCAAUGGCGAUCGUAGCGUCUAAAUAGCCAGCAGCCAGGCACUGUCCUAAGUAGAACGGCAGUCAAAAGUGUUCACAGAGUGAAUUUCUACUGAAAGGUUCUUUCGGAGACGCAAUCGUGAGGAUUGAAUGGCUUUGUUUUUCUUACGAUUCAGAGGACGAUGCUAACGAUCUAGUAUAAGCUCUAUCGACGUAAUUGCAGCUUGUUUUGGUUGCUGAUAGCUCACAGUAUGAGCUCGGUAUUGACACAAUUCUCUGAGAAGGCGGAACAUGAUUUUAACCUUUAGGAGACAAAGCUCGGUGUGUGACUUCGACGAAAUGCCCCACUUCAAACAAAUAGGAUAAUUAUGUUUAACGAUUGUGGUGGUUUCCUGAAAAAUAGCACGCUUAGAAAUGUUUUCAGGAGGGCACCGCAAAGAUUCUUAAGAUUCCGACCAAGGUGCUUAAGGUACUAGGACAAACUAUAACUCGUGACCAUAUAUAUAUAUGUCACAGCACUAUUUUAUCAACACAUGAUUUAUCUAGUGAAUUAUGUCUUCUUGAGGAGAUUGACUUAUUGUCAAGAUGUUACGAAAAAAGCUUCCAACAUGGAGACGCUACCUCACAGUUGAGCCCGUGAUAUUUUUCUACGCGUAUGGUCUGAUGAUGAGCUUCCCGAUUUUAGGACAGUAUGUGUACAGCGUCAUCAGCAAGUUAAAGGGUUUCCCCUACGAACAGUUGCUGUUACAAAAAGAGGGCCUAGGAUGUCAAGUACACUUCGCUGGUGCAAACAAUACUUUGGGGGAUAUAGAGAAAGAGGUAAGAUGUCAAAAGACUGACUGCCAAUUAUAGGGUGUGAUCAUGAGAAUACCACAUAGCAUUAUGGGAGGAUAAUAUCCCCCUGUCAUAAUGGGAUAGUCUAGACCAUUACGAAUAAUGUAAAAAUGGAGCGUCCCAAAUCAACAUUUGAUUCUCUUUUAAAACUUCCAUUCCUCAGGUACAAAGUUUGGCAACUAAAAUCAUCACAGGAAACACAUUCUUCUCGACCAUUCCUGCGCUCAUCGUGGCACCAUUUUGGGGUCCCUGGACUGACAAAUCACGGCGGAGAAAACCGGCGCUCCUCGCUCCUGCCAUUGGUGCAUUUCUUGGCAAUGCGGUCAUGCUCAUGGUCAUGUACUUUGAAUGGCCGCUGUACGUGAUGUUUAUCGGCUCGGCGCUUGCUGGACUCUCUGGUUUUCUACCGACCCUCUCCUUAGCAGUAAUGGCGUAUAUUGCUGAUACCACUGAAAAGAACGAAGUUGCUUUUCGGCUUGGUAAGGAAAAUGUACAUGAGUGAUAUUUAGCGGUUGAGGGGGCGUAGCACAUUUAUUUUUUAUAAACGAAGUGAAGCGCAUCUAGCAUGGUAAACUCCUCAUAUGUCGAAGGGUUGUAUUAUGCGUAGUAUGCAGAUCCCCGCAGAUCCCGGGGAAAAUAUGACGUCAAAUUAAACAGAAGGGUUCCUUAGAGUUGUUGACUGGUGAAUAGAUCAUUAUAACAUUUACCAUAACUGAAAGUAAACAGCUUCAUAUGGUUACCUAUUUAUAAACUUAAAUCCAAAGCAAAAUACAAUCAUACGAGUUAAGUUUGUUUUGGAUUGUAGUCGCAUGCACUCUUUAGAGCUACAAUACAUUCUAUGGUAUAUUUAACAUGUGCUCUUAUUUUGCAGCCAUCAUGCAGAUGCUUGGUUUCAUGAUAGGUGUCGUGAGCCAGUUAACCAGUGGUUUUUGGAUCCAUAGAUUCGGCUUUAUCGUGCCAACGUGGUUCAGCCUGGGAUGUUAUUUAAUAUCUGGCCUCUGGGUUAUCUUCCUAGUUCCGGAAAGCCACGAGAAAGCCACCCACGAGAAACACAAUUUCUUCGAUAUCAAGAGCUUAAAGGUUCUUGUUAACGUCUUUAGAAAACAAAGGGAAGUCGGAAGGAAAAGUUUGCUUCUACUCGUUUUCGUUGUAGCCAUUGUCACCCUAACGACAAUGGGCCUUGAAGGUGUAACUAAUCUUUUCGUCAUGAGAAGCCCCCUCUGUUUUGGUCCUAAACUCGUUGGGUACUUUUUGGCAUGUAGAAUGUUCUUCGAUGGAUUGGGAGGAGCCGUUGGUGUCAAGUUGCUCGGAAAGUUUUUCAGCGAGUUAACUACAUGUGGGAUAUCAGUUGUCAGUCAGAUUGUUGAGAUGGUGUUCCUAGCGUUCGCAACUCGCACCUGGUUGGUUUUUGCUGGUGAGUAUAAUGAGUGAAAGAGGAAAAUCAGCGCGUUGGGCUCUGGAUCGGAAUAUCUGGGUCCAAGGCCUGGCAGGUCACUGUGUUCUAUUCCUGGGAAAAGCACUUUGCCCUCGCAGUGUUUCUUUCCACCGAGGGAUAAACGGUGCGAAUUGCUGGGUAGUAGUCUUGCGAUGAAUACGCAUCUCAGCUAGAGAUAAUAAGCAUACUCCUGGUCAUUUCAUGCUGCUGAAACUGAGAUGAGCUCCGGAGGGGCUCAUGAACUUUUCGAUAGGUUAUACCUGGAAAAAGCUGAGAGUUCGUCGAAAAUUGUCGCUCUUCAAAGCUCAGUGGCUCUUUAAUAUACGUGGGGAUUACGUCCUUUGCUAAAAAUUAACCCUUUAAUUCCCAUGAGUGACUGAGAAAGAAUUUCUCCUUACAAUAUUAAUACACACAAGCACACAAGUGAUGAGAACAAAGAGGAAAACUCAAUUAGGGAACUACAGGUUGAUCCAAUACCAAAUUCUCCAAAUUGACAUCAUAAGCAUUUCAUGGCAAACAGUAAGGAUAAUUACUAAUGAGAUAUUGAGAGUGAAACGGUUGUCCUCAAGCAGGUUUGCGUCACAUAUUCCUUUAAUGUUAUCUUUUUUCACGGGCAUUUUCUAUUGAUCCCAAUGCUUUAUGAAUACUUUCUUGUUAAAAUUCACCAAUCCUAAGCAAGGUUUGGAAUGAGAAUUGGAUGUACUGACAGUUAUAUUAACCAUGAGGCCUAUUGCUGCCAGGGAGAGGGCGUCCAGUGACGCUGUUCCUUUCCUGUUUUAAAUUCUCUCUCUUUCUAUUAGAGUUGAAAAGAAAGACACAUUACUGGCCUUCUUCAGAGUAAGUGUCACACCAUCACUACGAAUAGGUAUUUGAAGUUAUUAAACUCCUCUUUCCUUUCAGCACCAAUACUGGGCUGUUUUAAAGCAUCUGCCUACCCCAUUAUUACGAGUAUUUUGUCACGGAUAGUUGGUGAUGAUGAGCAAGGUAUGUACGGCUGUAAAUCAACAAAGACAACUUUAAGAGAGACGAACCAGCCAGGGUUCACUGCUAAUGCGAUAAUGACAAAAACCAGAGCGACGUGAUCAACCACAGAAAGAGAUAAAUAUGGACAGACGGACAAACGGACAGACAGUUAGACAGACAGAUGGAUAGACAGACAGACAAACAUACAGAGAGACACAUAGAUAGACAGACAGACGGACAAACAGACAGAUAGAUAAACAGACAGAUGGACAGGUAGACAGACAGACAGAUAGACAGAUUAAAAGGUGGACAGUGAGACAGCUGAUAGAUAGACAGACAUACAGUCAGACAGAUAGACUGAGAGACGGACGGAGAGUCGGACAAACGGAUAGACGGACAGAAAGACAGAUAGACAGACAAACGAACCGACAGAUAGACAGACAGACGAAAAAGGAAAGAAAGACAGAAAGACAGACAGACGGACAGGCAGAGUGACAGACAGGAAUAGACAAACAAUAGACCAAUUAACAGGAAAGAAAGACGAAUGGAAAGACAAAGUAGAAUUUAGUUUACAAUAGUGCUCAGAAAGUCAAACAACUGCAAGCAAAAAUGUCAACGAAACUUAGUUUAAGACCAGAGAUUUGGUCAACCGUUCCUUGUGAAUCCACUUUUCACUGAUCAAUCCAUUUUUACCUGAUAAAACAUCUAAAACCUUACAGCUUAUCUCUUUGUCAUAGCUUCCUUGUUUUGUGCCAUUGGCAUUAUUAAUAUCUUCUCCCUAUCCCUGGGCAUGAUGUUCUUCAACAGCGUAUACGAACGCACUCUCCACCUAACAUUCGGAGGUUUCGUGUUCCUUCUAUGCGCCGCCAUAAAGUUAAUUCCUUUCUGUGUCUUCAGGUAGGUAAACGUUUCUUCGUAGUCGCAAGAGAUUUCGUUUAGUAAUUUGAAGCUAGUGAAUGCGAUGAACAGUAGAUGAUAAGUCAUUUGAGGUUACGAAAAAAGAUAGAAUCCAAUGUCUCAAAAAUCUUUUUAAAAGCUAUCAGCAAUUGUCCGGGCAUGUUAUCAUCCAUUCAUUCUUUAUCAGAACUGUGCAGCUUAACCCUUGCGCAUGAACCGAUUGGCUCAUAUCGCUCGAACAUGACUGAUUUCCUCAGUAUGAAGUGAACAAGGGUUUUUGUCAUUUUACCCUACAUAAUAUUUGUCAUGUUUUCCCGUGAGUUCCUUGUUGUGGGCUCGGGCAGAAACCAAACCACUUAAUCCGGAAUCCAUCGUAUUAACCAGUAAAUCAAUGCAUGUGCCUCGUUAUUACAGAAAAAAAUUCAUUGUUUACCGACUUGUUUUUCAGCUGCGUACAGGUGCCACCGACCGGAGAGCAUCAGGAAGAAGGAGAAGAAUUGGAACUGAAGGAUGAUGACGAAAAUCGCAAUAAACAAGACGGGAAAUUGCUCAAGGAAAAGGAAAAAGACGAAAACCAAGAAACCAAAAGUGAAAAUGGAACGUCGAGGGAAGCCGUCGCGGUUUACCCUGAUGAGAUAGAGCUAAUGAAGCCAACAGAGGAUUAGGAAUAUCAAUAGGACAUUUAUAGGAUGCCAAACAAACACAGGCUGGGCCAACACAUCGACAGACGGGCAGGCGGACAGACAGACAGACUGACAGACAGACAGUUAACAGAACGAUGACACGAAAUAGAUCAUGCUUUGUAGGUUUUACAUUGUGUAAUAAAAUCCAGGGGCUUAUAACCUUCAAUAGAGCUUCGGUGGCAUCAUCGAUAACAAUUUUCAGGUUUUUUAUCGCUAUAUUAAUAUUUUUUUCGAUAAGUAGGUUAGGAUAUGGCAGCCAUAAGCUGAUGUGAUUCAGGAAUUAAGGUCCUUAAGACAUAGUAUGAGGACAAACAACUGAAUCUUGUAGCGGGGAAUAAUUUGGGCGACGUAACACGUUCGAAGAAUAGUUUUAAGAAGCAUUUAUUGACAAAGCCUUCUAGUUAGAAUGAUACGCAUGCACGGCACAGACACAAAAGCAUUGUACUCAGCGUUUAUUGGACACGGCACACUUAGCCAAGUAAACUUUUUAUGCAAUGUAAAUAUCAGAAGAAGACGAACACAUUCUCCAAGGGACUGGUCAUUACUUCGCGCCUUACGGAGGGGAGGGAGAGGAGGGCGAAAGACUUUGGUUUCGUCAAGAUAAAAUUUACCUGUUCCUCCCGUAAGUUUCUGUAAUAUUCAUUUGACAACCCCCUCGCCCCUCAUUUGCAUUUUAUUAGCAGUCGAUUUUUCACAUUCGCCCUUUAUAUUCUGUUUUCGACUGCUGAUCACCUCCUAGAUCCCCCUGAAAACCUCCCCCCCCCCAAAAAGAACUUCAACCCCCCCCUCUCCUCCCCCUUCCAGGCGACGAAGAUCGAGGCAUUUCAAAUCGACGGCUUUAUAGGACAAAGUCAUUGUUAUUUACAUUUUGUGAAAAAAAAAUUUUGUCAGCUUUUUAUCCUUUUUAAGUAAUAAAAAUAUAGCUCUAUUUUCUGAUUCACGAUGCAUGACUUCGAAGGGUUGUCUACUCCUGCCCUCGUAAUCAUUAUGCGAAAAAAAUUCCGCGACGGCAAAUCACUUUGGGCUGAGGGCCACAAGAACAACCAUUAUAAGGAGCCUUUAAUAUCUGGUGAUCAACUUCGCACAGGGCCAAUUCUCACGCGAUGUGAACUAGAGAUUUUUUUCGAUCGCUCGUGUAAACAAAUGGCGAAAAAUUACUUGGCCUAGGGACCAGUCAAAAUUUAUGACCGGAGGGGGGGGGAGGGGGCAGGGAGAACAGAGGGGGGGGGAAGUCGUCACCGACAGAGUUUAGGGGGGAAACUAUAGAAAAUUGACUGCUUAAGAGGAGGCAGGCAUAAUUUAACAAAAUGCAAACCUUUUUUUUUUUGGAUUGUCAAGCCCUGAUUUGAUAUUCUGAUUGAGGUUGAGCAUCGUACAUUUACGUGGGAAGACUGACUUCAACUGUUGUUGUUGUCUUUUCUUUGUAUGUGCCAUUGCUUGACCACAUGUUCGUAAAAGCAAAGGCAUAAAAUAAACUUAGUUCAACUUCCUAGCAUUUUUCCCUUCUUGUCACGCAACGCAUAUCUCGCCUAAGGAGGAAGGGUUUGUUGGGUGACCAGGCCAACAUCGACUAGUAAAUCCACUCUCAAUUGUUAAUCUAAAGAAGGAGCGUAAAAUUUAGCGAGCUUAAUUGAAAAACCAUCGUUCGGAAACAGCUGAGUUAGAUGUUGGACUGCUUGAAGUCUUCCAAAGGACAACUGCUUAACAUUCUUCCUCACUAGGAGAGGGAGGGGUCUAAGUGAUGGUUCUUGACGUCACGAAGCUGGCACUGUGCGUCAUAACCCGCGAGUGUUUGUCCUGAGUGGAGUGCAGCGGCUGCCGUUGACAGGAAAAACUUUACUAUUCAGCUGUGCUCGGGCAAGGUAACCCACUUGCUAUUUUUUUUUGGCCAAUUUUCCUUUUCGUGAACAAACGGUGCAAAGUGCGACGCUGGAUAUCGGACAUGACCGGAGAGAUAUUCACUGAGCCACAUCGAGUUAGACAAAGAUCAGCGUUUCCGAGAUGUUUGCCAUUCACUUUCAAUGCAUCUUCAAUAUUUUGUUUUGCACUGUAAAAGCGAUGAGAUGCUGCUCAGGUGAUAGCUAUAUAGAUGGUUUACAGCAAAACAAACUAAUUUUGUAUGCUACAAAUACCAUAUACAUGUCACGCUGGAUUAGGUUGGCUUGUUUAGAUGUCAAACAGAGUCAUUCUUUAACCGGGGUCACACAGGCAAACUGCUUAAUCAACACUUAAUCACCCAAAGGGAACAAUAAAUGCAACUGAUUUCAGUUCCCCCAGUGCUUAAAAUUUAAGCAAGCCAAAUUAUUGACAAAGAAUCUAGAUGGAGUUUAUUUUCGUGACCUGUUAUUGGAAAUGUCAGGUUUUUGUAUAGUUGUUGUUGCUCUUAACAAAUUCAAAAUUCUUUUCCUCGUGGAAAAAUCAGGUUGAACGGAAAAAUGUCGAGAUAAACUUAUUGGACGGUAGAACCUUUGCAAGUGGCGAAAAUUUUCCACUCAAAGACACGCUUGUACGUAAGUAAUGUCGCAGCCAUAUGCCCAGACGGGUGCCUGUAUGACCUUAGGUGACAUCUCCAGAAGUAACAACAAUAAUCUGAAUCAUACGUACCAGUUUAGGAGUUGUAAUGUGCAGUGCUCCUGAUAACUGGCAAUUUAAGUGGAGUACAUAUGGAAAAUUUUUGUUCGUUUUUUCAUAAGCGUAACACAAAGAAAAAAACCAGAGUGUUCCAAGAGAUUCGUAAUUCGUGAUUCGUAUAUCAAACUCGAUCUUUAGAAUUAACUAAAAAUUGUUAUUCGUUUGUCACACGAGCGAGGGUCAAUGACAAAGUCAAGGACGUAACUGUUGUUUUCGGAAGGAUGUUUGCUUACAUGUGUUUCGAUAAAGAAAGGGUUUUCAACCGAUAAAAAGUGUAAACAUUGUAGGCAGCAAUACAAGUGAACACAGAAAUAAAUUUCCCAGUUUUUUUCUCAGUUCAGAGCCACGAUCCCCUUAAAAGGGAUAAGACUUCAUCCUGCCAAAGUCAAUAGUUUUCCCACCACCUCGAGUCCCUUACAUUACAGUACGGGCUUUUAGACCUGUUUUGCGACCAACAGGUUGCGGUCACACACGUGAAAACACUAUUGGUGGAGCUUUCAAUUCCUCUUCUGCUCCUCUCUUUCAGAUGUUCUCAACCAUUGUCAUCCAGUUUCUAAAGAAAUAUUUUACGGUGGAACUCGUAAUAUUUUUCUACUUCUACGGGUUUCUUAUGAACCUGCCAGUCCUGACAAUUUACGUGUACGAGCGAAUCAGUGAUGAGAAAGGAUUUCCGUACAAGAACCUCAGCCAAAGCGAUGACGGAAGCGGCUGCGGAGGAGAAGGCCUGGGGCAAAAUUCAACAUUGGGGGAACUGGAAAAUGAGGUCACUCGUUUACUCACGUUGUUGUUGUCAUGGAUACUGUCCUUCGAUGUAGUGACGUGUUGUCGUUGUAGUAUGACUAGUAUGACCUAAUAGAACUGAUUUUCUCACUGUAUUAUGAUUAAGUAACUGAGUCUAUCUAAGGCAGUACGUUAAGUAUGAUUAGUCCCGUCUUUCUCGAAAAUUAAUCUCCCAGGAAUUCAUUUUUCUUUUAAUUCAUCUCGGUUUUGAUAAUGGAUGGCAUCACUGUGUCAUGCUGAUUCUCACCUUAUUCUCUAAUUCCUCUUAAAGAUUGGUUAAGUGGCUUGGAUUAACAUUUCACUGAGAUAGAGCGGCCUUGCUCAAUGUCUCUUGACGCUGAAGAAACCAGAUGCUCUCCAAUAUGUAACAGUGUGCCAUCAGUCUCGUAAAACAAAGGCUCCUCAUCCCUUGUUUCAUUUCAGGUGCAAACUCUGGCUUCCCAGCUUGGCAUGACUUACAAUCUUGUCCUAACCCUGCUCUCUCUUGUUGUGGCGCCGCUCUGGGGACCAUGGACUGAUAAUGGCGGCAAAAGAAAACCUGCCUUACUUGUUGCCAUAAUGGGGGCGUGUCUGGAGAUGGUCAUUACCCUGUUGGUAAUGUAUUUUGACUGGUCAGUGUACGUUUUGAUUGCGGGCGCGGCUUUGAACGGCUUGUCGGGAUUUGCGACAGUUUUAUUCGUCGGAGCAACGGCAUACAUAGCUGACGUUUCCAGCAAAGAAGAAAGAGCUUUUCGAAUUGGUGAGUAUAAUGAGAAAUUGACCGUUAUAUUGACAUGUCGUUAGAGAGUUUUUAGAUUGUGUAACGUAAAACCAAACCAAAGGAAUUUCGAUAGCAAAUCAAAUGAAAGGAUUAUUAAAUGGAACAUAUGGGAGAACUCAAAGCGAGUAUACGCUUAUUAACAACCGAUAACUGCUUAUCAGGUGAGCUCAAUGUGUCAUUACAUUGUGCAAGAUAAUUGUUUUGUUUUUCUUUCCUAACGUUCCAGCGGUGAUGUACAUGCACGUAUUCCUCGCUGGAGUCAUCAGUCAACUGACCAGCGGUCUUUGGAUUCAAUAUGUGGGAUUCAUUCCUUCUGCUUGGUUCAUGUUGGCUUGCUACGUUCUCUCUGGAGUCUGGGCUUUAUUCUGCGUGCGGGAAAUUCCCCGAGGAAACAGCAACGAAAAAAUGGUUGGAUUUUUCAGCACUGAUAAUAUAAAAUGUUUUAUCAAUGUCUUCCGAAAGCAGAGAAAGGCUGGACGAAAUAAUUUUCUCUUGCUGAUGGUUUGCGAAGGCGUGAUUUUCCUAUCGACCUUGGGCAUUGCUGGCGUAAAAGGGUUGUUCAUUCUGAGAAGUCCUCUUUGUUGGGGCCCACACCUGGUUGGGUAUUAUUUUGCAUUUGAAGGGUUCGUUCAUGGUGUUGGAAGUGUGGUUAGCAUUCACUGCUUCGGACGCUGCUUGAAAGAGUUGAGUGUCGUCCGCAUUAGUUUGGUUUCCGUGAUUCUGGCUUUGGUUAUGUUGGCGUUCUCCGAUCGCACUUGGAUGGUGUUUGUUGGUAAGUAUUAAAGUAAAGAGAGGGAAGAGGAGGAUCAGAUGAUCUACCUUGGACCUCCCGUCUCACGACCGAGGCCCCACAUCUUUAUACCAUCAUUAAAUAAGGGACCAGUCUUGGGAGAAUCUUUUGGGGGCGUCACGUGGUUUCAGUGGAAAUGGAGGGGGGAGCAGUCGUCCCUGACAGAGUUUAAAGGGGACUAUAGAAAAUUUAUUGCAACGACAGGGGAUCCCUAGAAUACUACAAAGUCUUAUGGGGGUUCCGGGUUAAUUUUAUUUUAUCAAAACCAAAUCUUCCCCCCUCUGACCCUCCCUCUAAGUACUAAAAAGACUGCUUCUCUUUGUUGCUUCCAGCGGUCGUGGUCGGUGUCUUUUACGGAGUUGCUGAUCCAGUUUUGGUGGGAGCAAUGUCGAGAAUAGUGUCAGAUGAAGAGCAAGGUACAGCCAAAAAUUAAGAAAUCAAAAUGUAUUUAAAACUUUUCCAGGAGUAUUAGGCAGAGUCAAAACCUGAGGCUUUUCAUGCAGGAUUUGAACCUCAGACAUUCCGUUUUCGCAGUUAAUUAUUUACAGUAUCUCUUUGGUAAUGCUCCAAUGAAAUAUGCAUGCAUAAUCUAUCGCAGAUGUAUGGGCAUCUGAUCAUUCUGUUCGAAUGGCCCUUAGCCAGAAUUGCCUCGAUGCGCAAAGUCUAAUGACUAAGCUUUUCGAUACUUACCAGUUUUUUCCUGUUCUGUUGAUGUUCCAGGUGCCAUGUUUUCUGCUUAUGAGAUGGUCAUUGCACUGAUGCAGCUAAUAGGCGCCGUGCUCUUCAACACAGUUUACCAGGCAACGCUUUCUCUUUCGUUUCAAGGUCUGGUCUUCCUGUUGUGUGCAGUGUUGAUCCUUAUUCCCUUUGUUCUCGUGAGGUAAGUGUGGUUGCUGACUAUCUUAACGCUACGUUAUGCCACAUGGUCCUUCUAAGUUCACGGUUCAACUUAACCCAGGGUCCAGUCUUCAUCUAUCCCCUGGGGGGUAGGAGGGGAAAUGAGAGAGAAGAAGGGGUAGGGCGGUCGAAGGAUCUUGGUUGUGCCACACUAAAGUUUACUUGAGUAUUCUAAUAAUUCCUCCCCGUUAGCAGUCAGUUUCCUACGGAUGCUUUCUGUAAGUUCACUCAAACGUUCAUUUACCACACAAACAAAACAUAAUUAGAUAAUGGCGUUAGCCAUAACUGUUCCGUUUACACUUGACGUUAUCUUAGCUCGUGGACGGUUUUAAAAACACGCUCAAGCUUUCUGUCCCUUUCCAAACGCAAACUCACAUGGGCGCUGUGACAGGAGGGUAACAUUUCGACUUUGUGAAAGAACUCGACGCUUACUGAUUUUUCUUUUUACAAUAUUAGCUUCAUAGAACUGCCACCUAUUGAGGAAGACGACAAGAUGAAAGAAGAUGACGAGUUAGAGAUGAAACAGGUCCAACAUGCAUCCGCGGAGUAGUACAAAUAAUUGCCUUAAGAGCCGUAAGGCGUAAUUAAGUAAAUUGUUAUCGUGACGCAACCAAAAAUCCUCCUAACCCUCCCAGGCAAUAAGUGGAUAUCCAUAAAUUAAGAUAAUAAAAAUGCAUUAUUUGGGCUUAGUAGUUUGAUGAAAAAAAUUUAUCAUGCGCAACGCGUUUGAGCACCAGGCGUU